CCUCCAUUUUCAGAUUGCGAGGUUGUCGGAAGCGGAAAAUGCAAGUGAAGUUGGAGUUAGACGGAACAGAAGGAAGAAGCCUCUUCCUCUUUCUUUUCUCUCUAAUCCGAUGAGGGAACUUUCCCGCCAAAGCAAUCAAGUGUUAACGGCCCAUCAUGAUCACAAUUCAAUCUUCGUUUCCUCUCAAAUCCUCCCUAUUCAUUCUUCUUCUCUCCCUCUCUCUUCUCCAUUUCAAACUCUCUUCCGACCCCACCGUUAACCAAUCCCUAACCCUAACCCAAAACAGAACCCAACCCCAACCCCAAACCACAACCACCCGUAACAACUACAUAAUCCGGUUCACCGUCUACAAACCGGCGUCCGAUCACCGUUCGUACUUAGAAUCCAGCCUCCGAUCCGACGGCUGGGAAUGGAUCGAGAGGCGCAACCCGGCCUCCAAGUUCCCGACCGAUUUCGGGUUGGUUUCGAUUAAGGAUUCGGUAAAAGAAGCAUUGAUCGGCAAAAUUGAGAGGCUGGGAUUAGUUAAAGAUGUGAACGUUGAUUUGAGCUAUAACAGGGGGUUGCUUGGUGCUGCUUUUGAGAAUGGGAAAAAACGACCCGGAAAGAUUUUUACUUCGAUGUCGUUUAGUGAAGAGAAAAAUUGCCACGAUUCGGGUUUAAGUAAUUCUUCAAUUAAUUGGAGUCGCCAUCUUUUGAUGCAGAGGUCUCAAGUUACUUCCUUGUUUGGAGCGGAUGCUCUUUGGGGAAAAGGGUAUACUGGUGCUAAAGUCAAAAUGGCUAUUUUUGAUACUGGAAUACGCGCUAAUCACCCACAUUUUCGAAACAUUAAGGAGCGUACUAAUUGGACCAAUGAGGAUACUUUAAAUGAUAAUCUUGGACAUGGGACAUUUGUGGCCGGUGUUAUUGCUGGUGAAGAUGCAGAGUGUCUUGGUUUUGCACCAGAUACUGAAAUUUAUGCAUUUCGUGUCUUUACUGAUGCACAGGUAUCGUAUACUUCCUGGUUCCUUGAUGCUUUCAACUAUGCUAUUGCAACCAACAUGGAUGUGCUAAACUUGAGCAUAGGUGGACCUGAUUACUUGGAUCUCCCAUUUGUAGAGAAGGUUUGGGAAAUCACAGCUAAUAAUAUUAUUAUGGUAUCAGCCAUUGGAAAUGAUGGGCCACUUUAUGGCACUUUAAACAAUCCAGCAGACCAAAGUGAUGUUAUUGGUGUUGGUGGCAUUGAUUAUAGUGAUCACAUAGCCUCAUUUUCCUCACGUGGCAUGAGUACUUGGGAGAUUCCUCAUGGUUACGGUCGUGUUAAACCAGAUGUUGUGGCAUAUGGACGGGAAAUUAUGGGAUCAAAGAUCAGCACUGGGUGUAAAAGCUUAUCAGGCACUAGUGUGGCAAGUCCUGUAGUUGCUGGUGUCGUAUGUCUGCUUGUCAGUGUCAUUCCUGAGAAUAAAAGAAAGGAAAUUCUGAAUCCUGCAAGCAUGAAACAAGCACUGGUUGAGGGUGCUGCUAAACUCGCUGGACCUAACAUUUAUGAACAGGGUGCAGGGAGAGUAGAUCUAUUAGAAUCAUAUGAAAUCCUGAAGAGCUACCAACCUCGAGCAAGCAUCUUCCCUAGUGUUCUUGAUUAUACAGAUUGUCCCUAUGCUUGGCCAUUUUGUCGUCAACCACUCUAUGCAGGUGCCAUGCCUGUCAUAUUUAAUGCUACUAUUCUGAAUGGGAUGGGUGUCAUUGGCUAUGUUCAGAGUCCACCAACAUGGCAUCCUUCAGAUGAGGAAGGGAAUCUUCUAAGCAUUCACUUUACUUAUUCAGAAGUCAUCUGGCCUUGGACUGGUUAUUUAGCACUGCACAUGCAAAUAAAGGAAGAAGGUGCACAUUUUUCUGGAGUUAUUGAGGGCAAUGUAACUGUUAGAAUAUACAGUCCUCCAGCCCAAGGAGAGAGGGCCACUCGAAGUAGUACUUGUGUGCUUCAGUUGAAAUUGAAUGUGGUUCCAACUCCACAACGAUCAAAACGGGUUUUAUGGGAUCAGUUUCAUAGUAUUAAAUAUCCUCCUGGAUACAUUCCAAGAGAUUCAUUGGAUGUCCGCAAUGACAUUCUUGAUUGGCAUGGGGAUCACCUACAUACAAAUUAUCACAUUAUGUUCAACAUGUUACGGGAUGCUGGCUAUUAUGUUGAGACGCUUGGCUCUCCUUUUACAUGCUUUGAGGCUAACCAAUAUGGGACACUUUUGCUGGUUGAUCUUGAGGAUGAAUACUUCCAAGAAGAGAUUGCAAAGCUCAGGGAUGAUGUCAUUAAUACUGGGUUGGGUUUGGCUGUCUUUUCUGAGUGGUAUAAUGUGGACACAAUGGUGAAAAUGAGAUUUUUUGAUGAUAACACAAGGAGCUGGUGGACACCAGUAACUGGAGGUGCAAAUAUUCCAGCAUUAAAUGAUCUUUUGGCCCCAUUUGGGAUUGCUUUUGGCGAUAAGAUUCUGAAUGGUGAUUUUUCUAUUGAUGGUGAGCAGAGUCGAUAUGCAUCUGGGACAGAUAUAGUGAGGUUCCCAAGAGGUGGGUAUGUACACAGCUUUCCUUUUUUGGAUAGCUCAGAGAGUGGGGCCACUCAAAAUGUGCUGCUGAAUUCUGGGAUGACCAAGGCAGACUCCCCUAUCCUUGGCCUGUUAGAGGUUGGUGAAGGUCGCAUUGCUGUUUAUGGAGACUCCAACUGCUUAGACAGCAGCCACAUGGUUACUAAUUGCUACUGGCUUCUGAGAAAAAUAUUGGAUUUCACUGGUUCAAAUAUUAAAGAUCCAGUGCUUUUCUCAGAGUCCGUUAAGCAAGAUAUGCCAUUGUAUGAAGAUGACAACAACUUACCGUCUCGAAGAACUGAUGUAAAUUUCUCCAUGUAUUCUGCUGUCAUGGGAAAGGAUUUAAUCUGUCAGAGUGACUCUAGAUUUGAAGUAUGGGGAACGAAAGGAUAUAAUUUACAUGUCAGGGGGAGAAACAGAAGAUUGCCUGGCUAUCAUGUUAUUGAUUUGGGGAGAGGCUUAAAUUCAACUGUUGAUACUACCAAAUCAAGGCGUCCUAAGGUUAUGGGGAAAAAUAAGGGUGAUUCUUUGGGAAACAGGUACCUGGGUCUGCUGUACAGAGAUGAGCUGGAUGUGCCUGAACUAGUUGCUAGUCAUUGGCUUGUACCUGCAGUAGUUGCAGUUACAGGCUUUUUACUAUUUUUAAGCAUUUGGCGGAUUCGACAAAAGCGGCGGAGGCGGAGGCGAUCUGGCUCGGGUCGGUUGGCCAAUCUAUAGUUGAGGAUAGAAUUGUUGAAUUAACUUCUCUUUUCACAAUUUUACCCCUGUACUGUUGCACAUUUGAAAGUUUUGACAGCAGCACCACCACACUGAGUUAAAUUUUGGAUCCACGUAUGUAGAUUAGUAGCAAAUUUCUUGGUUUAUAUGCUUGUAAUGACACAAAUUUACAAUUGUAAUGAGAUCAUGGACCUAGAGGGAUAUACGGGGAUUUGCCCAACAGUUUGAAGUUUCGAACAGCUAAGUCAUAGCAUAGCAAAGAGGAAAAUUCGUGUUCAUAUCCAAGUUGAUGGGCCUCACUUCUACAUUGCUACAAUUCGUUUGUGUUGCCGUCAA